CUCCAAUAGAGCAAGUAGAGCUGCUCUUGUGCAACCAACACCACCACCACCUCCUCCAUUGAUUCACAGACUUCAAAUUCCCCCACAAGAAGCCCAUCAGCUUCUACUGUGAUCACAUUAAUAACAACAAUAGCCCGUGAUCACACAGGAGGAGAAAACCGGCGCUGCUCGUCCUCCGCGGGAUACUUGGAUAGCUACAGCAACAGGAUCCAUCCCUGCUCCUCUGUCUUUUUUCUCCACGCCUGAUCCACACCUGUGUUUUCCACUUUGAGAAGACCCACUUUUUGGCUCCUUGGAUACCUGCGCGUUGUCCUCUAUAAAUGUCGGACUGAAUCUAACUGCUAUGACAGGGAAACUAGCGGAGAAGCUCCCUCUUACCAUGAGCAGUUUAAUAAACACGAUCCCUGACAGUCUGUACCCAGAAGAGGACAUCCCGACGUCAAUGAAUAUUUUCACCAGUACGGAAUCUAUAAACCACUACUCACAGAUGAACACAGAUAAUAUCAUGGAUCUGGGCAUGGGAGGUGAGAAGACAUCAGGAGAGAUUCAGUAUGGAUCCAGCUUCCAGUCCAACCGCAGCGGGCAGACUGUCACCUAUCUGGGGAAGUUUGCCUUUGACACUCCUCCGUCAGGUGGCAUCGGUGGCUCUGGCUGGUGCUCUGACAACAACAUCAUCAGUCUUGUCAGUGCGGGGAUCCUCGGUGUUUCUCCAUCACCAGGCACGGUAACAACGCAGACAUCAUCCUCCGCAGCCAGCAUGGGCGGACAGACGUCAGACAUGGAGCAGGUAUACGGUCCUCCACUGCCUGCAUACUCCACCUGCAGCGACCUGUACCAGGACCAGGUCUCCUUCCACCACAGCCCGGCCACCAGCACGGCACUCGCCUACCCUGGCAAUGACUAUCACUCCACAUCCAAAGCCCCAAUGGAUGGCAGCCUUUUCUCCAUGAUCCCUGACUACAACCUUUUCCAUCAUCAGGGGGAGGUUGGUGUGAUGGAGCACAAGCCUUUCCAGACAAUGGACCCCAUUCGAGUUAACCCUCCACCCAUUACACCCCUGGAGACAAUCAGGGCGUUCAAAGACAAGCAGCAGAUUCACCCAGGUUUCAUCGGCGGGCAGCAGCACCCUCCUCAGCAUCACCCACCGCCACAGACUCUCACCCUGAAACCCAUCAGACCGAGGAAGUACCCUAACCGUCCCAGCAAAACCCCCGUCCACGAACGUCCUCACGCCUGUCCUGCAGAGAACUGUGACAGACGCUUCUCACGCUCAGACGAGCUCACACGUCACCUCCGCAUCCACACAGGUCACAAACCCUUCCAGUGCAGAAUAUGCAUGCGCUCCUUCAGCAGGAGCGACCACCUGACCACACACAUCCGCACACACACGGGGGAAAAACCCUUCUCCUGUGAGUUCUGUGGACGCAAGUUUGCCAGAAGUGACGAGAGAAAGAGACAUGCAAAGGUUCACCUGAAACAGAAGGACAAGAAGCCGGCUGACAAGAGCAGUGGGGCUGCUGGGAGCCACAGCUCCCCGCCUAGCUCCUGUGGUGGGCCGACAGUGGGGACGUCAUGACCGUCACUACAUGCACAUGGACUGGACUCUCACCAUGCCCCACAGAGACAAAGGAAGACAGGACCACGUCCACUAUGAGACAAAUAGGUGACUCUUUUCCUCUCUUUUGCAUCGCCUGCUCUUUUCAGUUCCUUCUAUUUUGAGAUGGAUGCCUUUAGUUAAAGAAAGAGGGGAAAGUAACUCAUAGCCUCAGCUACUGUAACACAGUGCCACCACAAAGAAGGGCACCAUGGCACAUUCUGUCCAAAAGGCCGCUGUGUGUCUGUAGGUUUUGGUGUGGAAACACUUUUGUAAAUUUUACUGAUAAUUUCUAAAUUGGAAGGAAGCCAGAAUCCAUCACAGGGGUCAAAAAAGACUAAAUUAAAACAGAGCUUAGUUAAAGGGUGAGUUGUCUGAGAGGUAUGCAUUCAUUUUAUUAGGCUGUUUAAAAGUGCAAUUGGUUAUAUUUGUGUACUGUCAUGGAUACCUUAUUAGUGGCACUUGACUGUCUUUUUGUUGUUGUUUUUAUUUUUGUUGAGGUGUUGUGUUUUUAUUUUAUAUUUGAAUGUUCUUUUUCUAAAGAAUGUGCCAAAUGUAUUGUGGUAAUACAGCCAACCUUGUUCUUAUUAUUGUGCCUGACAUUUGCCAAACAUAGCAGUGAUUUCAGCUUAGCACAUGUGUUGAGUUCAAGCAAACAUCAGAUCUCGGAUCUUAUAUUUUUCUGCACAAUUUGGUUGAACCUACACGAUGACUGAAUGGGUUACACAAAGCACACCGAUGUCUUGUCCUGUAACCUGUACUGAUAAAACAAACAUGCCUGCAGCAAUCAAUGCCUUUGCCAAUACUUAUUUAUUUGUAGUCACUGAGAGACACUGUGUAUUUUUGUUGCCUUUUUAUAUGGUGGCUUUAUGUGGUGUUACCAGAUAUAAUUUCUGUUGCUUUUUUUGAAAGCUCACCAAUAUUUUUCAUUUCAUAUUUUCUUGAGUUCUGCAAUUAUAUGCAAUAUAUUCAUGACACAUGUCGACAACCUGUAAAUCAAAUGAACUAAAAGCACAGUUAGACAGGCUGAACUACUUCAAUAUAUGUCACUGGGUUGCAAACCAGCAGAACAUGAAAGCAAAGAUAAAUAAGGAUUCAAAGUUUAGACUAAAUUACUUGGUUCUAGCCACCAAAAGAUACGCAGCAUAUUGUAAGAGGGAAAAGUGAAAAAGUCCAAAUCCAUGUUUACAUCUUUUUUUAAUAUAGUAAGACUGAGACUGAGUUGUAAACUAAGAAGUUGUUGUUUUUGUACAGUAUACAAACAUGUAUGCAGGUAGCUACAGUAGAAGUUUCACUUUUGUACUAAACUGUCAAAUGCACCAUAAUUCAGUAUUAAAUUGUGCAUAUAUGUGCAUGCUUUCAUGCACACUAUGUAAAUACAAAUGUCUGCAUAAACAAGAACUUUCAAUUGA